AUGAUACAAGCCAAACAAAAAAUGGCACCCGAAAUUACCCCAGACAUCUUUCUCACUACCACAGGCUCUCCAUCAGACCAAAACACGACAAUCUUCUUUAUCUCCGGCAAUCCGGGUCUGAUCAGCUACUACCACCCAUUCCUCUCUCUACUCUCAAAGUAUCUAGAUGAGCCAAAAGAGGAAAAUUCACCAAGCCUACCUUCAUUUCAAAUCUACGGCUGUUCCCUCGGCGGCUUUGAAAUCAACGAACAGCAGCCCUCACCGUCACAAAACAAUGGCAUCGAUCUCGACCUGGAAGAUCAGAUCUGCUUUGUGCAGGGAAAGCUCGCUGCCCUGAUGGGAGACGAAGGCAAGGGUAAAGAUACUGUGGAUGCUGGAACUAGACGAAAAGUCAUUCUCAUCGGACACUCCGUUGGCGCAUACAUCGCCAUGGAAAUCCUAAGACGGCACCGCGAAGCAAAGCCAGAAAGCGCCUUCGAUAUAGUCGGUGGAGCGAUGCUCUUCCCAACUGUCAAAGAUAUCGCCGCGUCGCCUUCAGGACAGAAAUUGACGACUCUACUUUCAAUCAUUCCCCGUCUGGCCCUGGUGGUUAGUCUCUUCGCCCGACUGCUUACAUUCCUGUUCCCGGCAUCGCUUCUUCGAUCUGUCGUCCGGCUUGUCAUGGAUGACCCGCCCGUUCAUGCUUUGGACGCUACGUGUGCCUUUUUGAAGAGUCGGGGUGGAGUACGGCAAGCUUUACAUAUGGCUGCCGAUGAAAUGCGGACUAUCACUUCGGACAGAUGGACUGAUGAUGUCUGGGGUGCUGCAUCGGCGCGCGAGCCUAUCGCUAAGCUGUUUUUCUAUUUUGGUCGUAAUGAUCACUGGGUGGCUGAUCAGACGAGGGAUGAUAUUGUUGCGGUGCGCGGGCAGAAGGGAGGACAGGCUGGGCCGACUAUGGUUGUUUGUGAAGAGGGUUUGCCACAUGCAUUUUGUUUGAAACACAGUGAUGUGAUGGCGCGAAAAGUUGCAGGGAUGAUUGGGCAGAUUGUGGCCUAG